AUGAAUAGCGAAUACGAUUAUUUGUUCAAACUACUAUUGAUAGGGAACUCUGGGGUAGGGAAGUCUUGUCUGCUGCUGAGGUUCUCUGAUGACACGUACACGAACGAUUACAUUUCCACCAUUGGGGUGGACUUCAAGAUCAAGACCGUCGAACUGGACGGGAAGACGGUGAAGUUGCAGAUUUGGGAUACUGCGGGGCAAGAGCGUUUCAGAACCAUCACAAGCUCAUACUACAGGGGGUCCCACGGGAUUAUUAUUGUGUACGAUGUGACGGACCAGGAUUCGUUCGAUGGGGUCAAGAUGUGGUUGCAAGAGAUCGACAGGUACGCAACAUCUACGGUGCUCAAGUUGCUUGUGGGGAACAAAUGCGACUUGAACGACAAGCGUGUCGUCGAGUACGACGUGGCGAAGGAGUUUGCCGAUGCUAACAACAUGCCCUUUUUGGAGACUUCGGCACUGGACUCUACAAACGUCGAGGAGGCCUUCUUGACCAUGGCAAGACAGAUCAAGGAGUCCAUGGCUCAACAGAAGCUACAGAAUGGGGCCAACGGACAGGCCGGGAACAAUCAACAGAACGCCAACAAGAACGUAAACCUCAACGGCCAGAGCUUGACCAACCAGUCCAGCGGGUGCUGUUGA